AUGUCCAAACUCCGCCUCUGGCUCUCCCCCGGCGCCUGCUCUCUAGCCCCUCACGUCCUCCUCCAAGCCUCCGGCCUCGCCUUCGAAAUCCUAGUAAUCGACAUCACAAAGGGCGGAUUCCCAGAGAAAUACCGUGCCAUAAACCCCAAGAAGCGAAUUCCGAUUCUGGAAUUCGAUGGCCAAGUUCUUACGGAAACCACGGCGAUCAUGACUUUGACCUCACGCUUGGCUCCUGAGAAGCACUUAUUCGGGAAGACGGACUGGGACGUUGCGCGUACGUAUGAGUGGCUGAAUUGGCUGAGUGGGACGGUGCAUGAGCGUGGAUUAGGGGCGCUGUUUAGUCCGGAGUGGUACUCGGAUGAUCAGUCCGCUCAUGAUGGUAUUCGUAAGAAGUCGCGGGAGUGGGUUGAGGUUUGCUUUGGUUUGAUUGAGGAAAGGCUGCAAGGGGUCGGUGGGGAACAUGCCGUGAAGGAUGUUUUCACCGCUGCGGACGUGUUCUUG